UACGCACUUGUCAAAUUAAAUUCAUAUUAAUAAAACUAAGAAACAACAAAAAAAAUCAGCUAAUAGAAGUAUUAAGCAUAAGCAAGAUGUCAAAUGAGCUAUUUGUAUUGGAAUACUGGCCUAGCCCUUACGUUGCAAGGGUCAAAAUUGCCCUACAAGAAAAGGGUAUAACCAACUAUGAAAGCCAUGAAGAAGAUGUUCAUGGCACCAAAAGCACACUUCUUUUAGAGAUGAACCCGGUCCAAAAGAAAGUUCCUGUCUUAAUUCAUAAUGGUAAACCGGUUUGUGAGUCCUUGAUAAUAGUGGAGUACAUUGAUGAAGUUUGGAAAUUUUCUUGUAGUUUGCUUCCUCAUGAUCCUUAUGAUAGAGCUCGAGCCCGGUUUUUGGCCGAGUUUAAUGAUAACAUGUUCUUCAAUUUCAUACGAAAAAUGUGGAGACAAAAAGAAGAAAUCCAAGAAGAAGAAAAGAAGGAAUUCAUAAACUUCCUUAAACAAUUGGAACUAGAGUUGGGCGACAAGCCUUAUUUUGGAGGAAACAACUUUGGAUAUUUGGAUAUUGCACUAAUCCCAAAUUAUAGUUGGUUUUACUCUUAUGAGACUUUUACUAAUUUGAAUUUAGAAACCGAAUGUCCAAAGCUUAUUUCAUGGGCAAAGAGAUGUAUGGAAAGAGACAGCGUCAAUAAAAAUAUUCCUGAUAUGAAUAAGAUUUAUCAAUAUGUUUUGGAAUUAAAGAAUAAAUUUUGCACGGAUUAAGAUAUAGGGAGCAUAUAUGACGUGCUUACAAUUCAAUUGCACAAAUCGUCUCCGCAAAGUAAGGAUCUGGAGAAGGAUUCCACCUUAAAGUUGAAAAUGUAGUAGUUGUUGUGUAAUUUCGAUAAACAAAUAAUUUGUCUUUUAUUUGCUAUUUACUUUGUUAAAGAUUUAAUGUGCCUUUGAAUUGUAAUUCGCUUGAAUAUUCUAAAUAGUCAGAUUUACUUUUUAAUUUAUGGUUAACAAAGAGAUUAGUAUAUGAUCAUGUAACACUUAAGGAGUCACUUUUUCACUUUUUGGUAAAUUGUGUUUUAAGGCGAACAUAAAUAAAUGAU